AUGGCCUUGUCAUGUUCUCCACGACCACUCUUUCAAGAACUCCCAAUGAUGCCCGCUACCGAUCAUGUGAAGAGGAAGUUCGGAGGUGGUCCCUCGACAGAGACAGCGAAGCGCGUGAAGACAGGCCCUUUUGUUAUGGACGAUGACGACGAGGAGGAGGAUGUGGAAGACAAUGGCAUAUUUCAAAGUGAAUCCCGGCCUGAAAUACCUCUCCAGAGCCUCAAUGACAGGGCCCCACCCUUAUCUGAGGUCAAAACAGUCGAGAGUCCAUGGCAGCGAAGGGCAGGGCUUCCAAAUGAUACCUCUUUAAAACCACAGACAACCACAGAGCAGUAUACCUCCGUUGGGAUCAAGACUUGUUCCGGGAAAAUCAAAUACGUACGACGAAGAGUGAAGAAAGAUAAUGUUUCCUAUGAGAGACUGAUCGCGGAGAGAUCUGUCACAGCUCCCGGAAAGGCAACUCGAAGCUAUUACGGAAUUGACAUUCACCAGCUCAUAGACGAAGCUAAACUGUUGGAUCCAUCCACUCCAACUGUCCUUCCAUCUGUUGAAACUAAAGUUCCUAUCACGGGGUCUACAAAGGCUGCUCAUCGACUGUGGACAGAGAAAUACCGAGCUAGAAGUUUCAAGGAUCUAAUCGGCGACGACCGAACACACCGCACUGUGCUACGUUGGCUAAAGGCCUGGGACCCCAUAGUCUUCCCUGGCUUAGCAAAGCCGAAAGCGAAGAAGGGCAACUUUCCAAACGAGUCAGAGGAGCGAACACAUCGCAAAAUCCUCCUUCUUACCGGGCCACCCGGGCUGGGUAAAACAACUUUGGCCCAUAUUUGUGCAAAACAGGUAGGAUAUGAUGUCCUCGAGAUCAAUGCUAGUGACGAAAGAAGUCGAACCGUCGUAACCGGGAGAAUCAAAGAUGCUGUCGGUACUGAGAACGUUAAAGGCGUUACCGUUGUCGAAGACGGUAAGGUCAUCAGAAAACCAGGCAAACCCGUCUGCGUUAUCAUCGAUGAGGUUGAUGGCGUUGUCAGCGGCUCCGGUGGAGGAGGAGAGGGGGGUUUCAUGAAAGCUCUCAUCGAUUUAGUCCAGCUAGACCAAAGAAACUCCACCAGGUCAAAAACAGAUGGUCACGGUACUGGAAAGAACAGUAAAAAGAAAGGAGACAAAUUCCGGCUUCUGCGCCCACUUAUUCUUAUAUGCAAUGAUGUCUAUCAUCCUAGCCUUCGACCCCUACGCCAGGCUUCAAUUGCAGAAAUCAUUCAUGUUCGCCGUGUGCCGUUCGACCAAGUUGUACAGCGCGUUAAAAGCAUAUUCGAAAAGGAAGGUAUUCAAUGCGACGCCGAUGGGGCCAGAAAGCUGUGCGAGAUCACCUGGGGGGUGAGCGGCGCCAGAAACCAAGCCCUAAGCCGCGGCACGGGCGAGGGUGAUAUCAGAGGUAUUCUGGUUGAGGCCGAGUGGGUAGCACACAAAUUUCGUUACGACGGCUUCACAUCUUCCUCGAGGUUAACGAAGCUGUGGCUGGAACGGCAUAUUCUUCGCGAACAGCCAGGGAGCGGCUUGUCCCGUGGCCUUGGCCGUGGUGGAGUGAAGGAAAUCGUCAGCAGAGUCUUUCUUGAUGGAGCUGGCUUCCCACACGAUCGACAGGACAACCAGGGGUUUCAAGACCCGUUCUCCAAAGAGAAGAGCAAAGCGCCCGUAGGGGUAGCGGAGCUUCGUAAGCGCGCAGCGAUCAGCCGGCUGAGUGAAAUGAUCGAUGCCUCGGGCGAGUAUGAUCGCUGUGCGACAGACUGUUUCCUUGCAUACCCUACCCAGACAUUCCAGGACGAUACCCUCCUCUCCAAGCCCAAUGCUGCUUAUGACUGGCUAUGUUUCCAUGAUCAGAUAUCCUCCAAGGUCUUUUCAAACCAAGAUUGGGAACUGAACCCCUACCUUAGCCAAGCCAUAAUUGCUUUCCAUCAUCUAUUUGCAUCUUCACACAAGUUUGAAGAUGGGUCAAAGAUGGACAUCGACAAUGGUGAUGAAGAAGAACAUCCCUUUGCCGGCCCACGAGCGGACUUUGCCGCGUUUGAAGCUCAGAAACAGAACCGCGCCAUCCUGGUUGAAUUCCAAUCAUCCUUAUCUGCACCCCUAAAUCGAACAUUCCACUCUACUGAAACUGUUGUCACGGAACUGGUCCCGAAUCUGACGCGCAUGUUAGCACCAGAUAUCAGACCUACUCUUGUUGGAAACUCAGGUGGCCAAGGCACCGUUGCUAGCGUACGAAAGGAUAGCGAGCGGGUUUUGCUUAAGGCUGCUGUUGGCGUAAUGCAUGGCUUGGGUGUCACAUUCGAGAAAGCCAGAGUUGAAACGGAGGCUGGCGGACACGGUGGCUUCAUCUACCGGAUGGAACCGUAUGUGUUUCUUCUUUGGCUGUCACUCGAUUCUCUCAACAGCUUCUCAAAAGUAAAAGGCACUGCUUUAUCAACAGGCAGCAUAUCUGCCCCCGUCCGGUAUGCAGUGCGUCAAGCACUUGACCAGGAAUACCGCAAGAGCCUGAUCAAACGUCAAUCAGAACCGCAGACCUCCCACUACGGCGGCCCAUCGGGCUCAGCAAAAGGCAGCAACUCCAAAGAUGCGAAUGAUGGUGAAAACAGUAAUAAGCAAGCCAAGUCUAGUCGAUCCACGGGACCCAAGCGAGACUUCUUCGGGAGAAUCAUCCCGGAGAAGCCACGGGGUGCCUCUCCGGAUACGGGUAAAGCGGGCCAGGGGUCGAGCAGGACCAGCGAUGCAAAUAAGAAGGCCAAGAAAGUCUGGGUCAGCUACCAUGAAGGCUUCUCAAAUGCGGUGAGAAAGAAGAUCACGAUGGCGGAACUGUUAUCUGGGCUGUAA